AUGAAUACUUUUAUGGAAAAACUUAAGUUAAAGGUAUCAGAAAUUGGCAGUUAUAAGAAAGAAUCUACUUCGACCUUAAGUUCUGAAGGAGCUAGUAUUGACAAUCAACGAAGAGUAGCUCGAUGGCCAUUUGAUCCUGUGGAUUUAAAAAAUAGAGAAGAUAUUCUUAAAUAUGUUGAAAAUCAAGACCUACCCUUAAAAAGACAAGAACAAUUAGAAAAUGGCAUAUGUCUUACAUUUGCUUGUAAAGGUAUUGCAUUUAAUGUUGCCAGAAAUGAAAUUUUUCGUAUGUGGCUUCAAGAUCUUAAGCCAGGUUUUAAAAUACCUAGUCCUAAAAUGCUUGCAAGAAGAAUUUUUAACAAGCAAAUUAUUAAGAAAGAUUUUGGUAAUAGUGAAAGUACUUGUCAACAACUUUUAGAACAACUUUUCUCCUAUAAAGAAAAUGAACCACCUUAUAAUGAUCCAUUCAAACCUGAAAAGUGGACAAACAAUAAUAUUGAAUUAAAUUCUGCAAAUAUAAUUGAAGAAGAACCAAACUAUGAUUAUAAUGUAGAUAGUUUAGUUAAUGAA